CAAGCACUGAGAAAGAUGAGUCUCAACGCUAAGGACAAGGACGCAGUCAGAGGCUUCUGGGCUAAAGUGUCCAGCAAGUCAGGAGAAAUCGGCGGUGAUGCUCUGGCCAGGAUGCUGGUGGUCUACCCACAGACCAAGACCUACUUUUCCCACUGGAAGGACUUGAGCCCUGGAUCUGAGCAGGUGAAGAAGCACGGAAAGACCGUGAUGGGUGGAGUUGCAGAGGCUGUGGCCAAAAUUGACGACCUGAAUGCGGGUCUCCUGAACCUCAGUGAGCUGCAUGCCUUCACUCUGCGAGUGGACCCUGCCAACUUCAAGAUUCUCUCUCACUGCAUCCUCGUGGUCAUGGCCAUCAUGUUCCCCAAGGACUUCACCCCUGAGGUCCACGUGGCCAUGGACAAGUUCCUGGCUGCUGUGUCUCUGGCCCUGGCUGAGAAGUACAGAUAAACUGUAAACGGGAGCCGCUGACGGACAACAGCAUGGUCUAAAAUACUCUCUGCCAGUCAGGAUGUCAAUAAAAGAUCAAAUGCAAUGAAA